AUGCCACCUACGUUUUGUCAGCACACUUACGACUAUCAGUGCGGAGGUCGCAGCGGAACACGGUUCACGGGGUGGGGAGAGUGGAGGUCAUACGCCUGAGUCUCCGGGGCCGGGCGCUCUCGGGUCACGUGGGCGACCUCGCUCCGCCCCGCGGAGGCUCAGCACGGUGCUCAGAACCCUGGCAGGCGCUGUAGGGUCACGCGGGCUCCGCGGCUGGCUGGUCUCGCGGAGGCGGAGCGAGGAACUGGAGGAAGCAUGGAUGUUGAUGGCUCUGAACAAGAUCCCGAAAUGAAGGAAUAUUCUUCUGUCUAUGUUGGCAGAGAAGAGGACAUUAAAAAAUCUGAAAGAAUGACAGCUGUUGUGCAUGAUAGAGAAGUGGUCAUUUUCUACCACAAAGGAGAGUAUCAUGCUAUGGAUAUUCGCUGUUACCACUCAGGAGGACCUUUACAUUUGGGAGAUAUAGAGGAUUUUGAUGGACGACCAUGUAUAGUUUGCCCCUGGCAUAAAUACAAAAUUACUUUGGCAACAGGAGAAGGACUAUAUCAGUCUAUAAACCCUAGAGAUCCAUCAGCAAAACCCAAGUGGUGCUCCAAAGGAGUAAAGCAAAGGAUUCAUACAGUGACAGUGGACAAUGGGAAUAUUUAUGUGACUCUUUCUAAUGAACCUUUUAAGUGUGACUCUGAUUUUUAUGCCACUGGAAACUUCAAAGUUAUUCGGAGUUCUUUCUGAUAAAACUAUAUGGCAAUGAAAAAUGUUGUGUAUGUUUUGAAUGUAUUAGAAUAAUCAUACUUCAAUACCAAAGAGUAUUAAUUUUUCCAACAUAGGCACAUUUAUUACUUAUCUUUAAAAAUCAUAUAAAGCUGAACAGUUCAAAAUUAUACAUAUUUACUGUGAUGUAAGGAUUAUCAGGAUAUAUAAAAUACAUUUCAUCCAGUCCUCUGGAUUGACUGGAACCUGAAGGCUAUAGGUUUGGAAUGUACAUUUUAAGAAGGGUGGAAAUAUUUGCAAUAACCACAAUGAAGAAAAGGUAGAAAAUUAAAUUUAUUAAGAAAUAUGGGGGUAAUCCCUAUUUUGAUGUAGCAGACUUUAUCAUGCAAAAGUUUUAAUAUACACAAACUAAACAGAGUAGCAUAAUAAACUUUCAUCACCCACUUCAACAA